AUGGAGUCUGAAGCAUUCGAUGACCUGGAGAAGAGCACCGACCCUCUCCGGACGGUCAAGGAUUUGGCCGCAGGUGCGGCUGGUGGAAUCGCCCAGGUGCUGCUGGGUCAACCCUUUGAUAUUGUGAAAGUCCGACUGCAGACCACCUCGCAUUACAAGGGCGCGUUGGACUGCGCAACUCAGAUUUUCAAAAAAGAGGGCCCCGCAGCCUUUUACAAGGGCACCUUAACUCCCCUCAUUGGAAUUGGUGCUUGCGUCAGUGUACAAUUCGGUGCUUUCCAUCAGGCGCGCCGGACGCUGGAAGAGCUGAACAAGAAGAAAUAUGCCGAUAGCACCCUGUCUUAUGGCCAGUACUGGCUGGCCGGCUCUUUCGCCGGCGUGACUAAUUCCGUUCUCUCGGGUCCGAUUGAACAUGUGCGUAUUCGUCUACAGGCCCAGCCUCACGGUGCAGGUCGUCUGUACUCUGGUCCCAUCGACUGUGUGAAGAAGCUGGCCGCCCAAGGUGGUGCUGUGCGCGCCUUGUACCGCGGCCAGGCUGUCACUAUUAUGCGUGAAGCGACAGCCUACGGUACCUGGUUUAUGGCCUUUGAGUACAUGAUGAACAUGGAUGCCAAGCGUAACAAUGUGAAGCGCGAGGACAUUUCGGCUGUCAAGGUGGCUACAUAUGGUGGCCUCGCUGGCGAGGCCCUUUGGCUCGCCAGUUACCCAUUCGAUGUUGUGAAGAGCAAGAUGCAGACAGACGGAUUCGGUGCCAGCCAGCAAUACGCCAGUAUGCGCGAUUGCUUCAAGAAGACAUAUGCCCUCGAGGGCUUUGGUGGGUUCUGGAAGGGUAUUGGACCUACCCUGCUGAGAGCCAUGCCCGUCUCUGCAGGUACCUUUGUUGUUGUCGAGCUUGCCAUGAAGGCUUUGGGUUGA